AUGACAAUUACAGAAACUAGAUCGAAAACUACUGAAGAAAACAUUAAAAGAGUAGAGAAUCAACUACAGGAGCACAUGGCCUCAACAAAUCAGAAGUUUGAAGAUCUGAGCAGCAAGUUGGAUCUUCUGAUGGAGAAGCUUCUUCCAAAUCAUGAUGGGAUUCUAGGCAGUGGUCCUCGAGAAAGAUUACAGUUGGACAACUCUGGAGCUAGGAGCAGGUAUCGAGAUGCAGUAGAACCUUCACAUGGGAGAGGGCAUUUCAGUCAUAGGUUCGAAUUCCCUUACUUUGAUGGAGUUGGGUCUGAUCCUUGUUCAUGGCUGAGAAGAUGUGAACGAUACUUCCAAUACAAUCAAGUGUUAGAUCCUCAACAAAAGCUGGAAGCCGCAGUGCUUCAUCUGGUGGGUAAAGCUGAAGCUUGGUUCUUCUCCUAUCAGGUGAGUCAUGGAUCCAUCUCUUGGAAGGACUUCUGUGAGGAGAUCUGUAGGAGAUUUGUUGAAGCAUAUAAUAGUAAGUUCAAUUUAAUUGGUGAAUUCAAAAAAUUAGAACAAAAGGGUACAAUUAAUGAAUACCUAGAAAAGUUUGAAGAACUUAAGACUUGGGUGUUAAUCAGGAGACCUACUAUUCCAGAAGAAUUUUUCUUAGAAUUCUUUGUGGAAGGACUAAAAGAAGAAAUUAGGAACACUGUAAAAAUGCUCAACCCUUAUACACUGAGUCAAGCUGUGGAGAAGGCUAGGUUUCAGGAGAAGGUUAUUGAGGCACAAAUGAGGAAGAGCAGGGUAACUUGGAACAAGGGACCAGUGCAGAAUUCUAAUGUUGUAGUAACUAAAUCCCAAGGGAAUUGGUCUAGAGAGGGGCAGAGUAACACAUCAAAUGCUGGAGUGAAAAGGAACCAUAAUUUGUAUUACAAAUGUGGAGAUAAGUGGGUUCCUGGCCACCAAUGUAAGAAUAAGCAACUCAAUGCAAUGACAGCUGAAGAGGAAAUAAGAGAGGUAGAUCAAACAACUGACCUACCUCAAGAAUUGGAGUUCACUGAAAAUUCACAAGAGUUGGAAUUGGUGGAGGAGGCCGUUAGCCUCAAUGCUUUAUCUGGAACAGAGGUCCCAAAUACCAUUACUUUGAAUGGUACAGCUAAAAAGAAGAUACUGACUAUACUACUAGACUCAGGAAGUACCCAUAGUUUCUUGGAUAUAGAGACUGCUAGACAGAUUGGAUGCGUAUUGAAGGAAGCUAGACCUAUGAGAGUCACUGUGGCCAAUGGAAAUCAAUUGAUGAGUCUGUAUUCUUGCCCUAUGUUCAAAUGGAAGAUACAAGGAAUAGAAUUUGAGGACUCAGUAAGAUUGAUUCAGUUAGGGGGUUGUGAUUUGAUACUAGGGGGUGACUGGAUGAAGGCUCAUAAUCCUGUUCUAUUAGACUUUGUGGCAUAUAGAGCUGUGGUGUCACAUAAGGGCAAAAGGGUGGAACUCAAGGGUAUGUACAACCAAGCCAUUUUGCAGAGUAUGUCUAGUGGAAGCAUCAAACAUUUGUUCAAAAAGGGAAAGGUGUUUUGGGGACAUUUAUUUACAGUAACAGCAACAGAAUUGGAAAAACAGGAGGAGUUACCUUCAGAAUUUUCAGGAGUGCUGCAGCUAUACAAUGAUGUGUUUGUAGAGCCAACCUCCUUACCUCCAAAAAGACAGCAUGAUCAUUUCAUACCCCUGAAACCAGCAUCAACUCCAGUCAGUAUCAGGCCUUACAGGUACAACUAUUUCCAAAAAAAUGAGAUAGAGAAACAAGUUAAAGACAUGUUAUCUAAUGGCAUUAUACAGCCUAGUCAUUCCCCAUUUUCAUCACCUGUACUUUUGGUAAAAAAGAAGGAUGGUAGUUGGAGGUUCUGUAUUGAUUAUAGGGAACUUAAUAAGAUGACUGUGAAAGAUAAGUUUCCAAUUCCAUUGAUAGACCUGAGAGCAGGUUAUAAUCAGAUUAGGAUGAAUGAGGAAGACAUCUACAAAGCAGCUUUUAGAACACAUUUGGGUCACUAUGAGUUCAAGGUAAUGCCAUUUGGGUUAACUAAUGCUCCUGCCACUUUUCAAAUCCUUAUGAAUCAUGUGUUCAAGGAUUACUUGAGACAGUUUGUAUUAGUUUUCUUUGAUGAUAUCGUAGUAUACAGUUCUACUAUUCAGGAACAUAAGGAACACCUAACUAGGGUGUUAGUGGUUUUAAGAAGGGAGCAGUUGUAUGACAAGAGAUCUAAAUGUUCUUUUGGGCAGAACAAAGUGGAGUAUUUAGGCCAUAUCAUCACUGGGAAAGGAGUCACUACUGACCCCUCAAAGAUAGAAGCCAUGGUAAACUGGCCUGUUCCUAAGUCAAUUAAGGCAUUAAGGGGAUUUUUGGGUUUAACAGGAUACUACAGAAGAUUUGUGCAAUCCUAUGGAGUAAUCAAUAAACCCCUAACUAACCUACUCAAAAAGAAUUCCUUUCAGUGGGGACAAGAAGCAGAAACAGCCUUCAACAACCUCAAACAGGCCAUGACCACUGCACCUGUUCUAGCAUUGGCAGGCUUUACAAAGACAUUUGUGGUAGAAACUGAUGCUUGUUCAAAGGGUAUGGGGGCUGUAUUAAUGCAGGAAGGAAGACCCUUAGCAUUUUUCAGCAAGGCUUUAGCCCCUAGACAUUAG